GCCGUUCUCUCGCACGCGUACGUCACCACCGCGACGCGACAGAGCUAUAGGAUCUAGGAACGAGAAGAGAGUAGAGUUAGCCGUCAUGUACCCUGCUCAAAGCACUCAAAGUGGGUAUCCGGCACCUCAGCUCCAGUACGGUUACCCUGGCUACUAUUAUCAACCGACCAACACUUGGCAACAGACGCAGUCUGCUCCUCAGCACGACUGGUCUUCCUCUCAGCCACCGCAGAGCUUCUCCCAGAGCUGGGGACCCCCCUCAAAUGGUGAGCCCCCACCUCCAGGAACAGGCGGGGAGAGCGUUCUUCCAACUGAUGAAAGCCAGCAGGUCCCUCAUCCCCCUCCUGGACCUGGCCCACCUGGGAAUUGGGAGGCCACAAACUACUGGCAACCCCAGUGGCAAACACAAGGUUGGACUCCAGUUGAUCAGUGGAAUGGGCAGUGGCCUACUCUACAUCAGUACUGGAAUUCCUCUUACAACUACAACAGCCAGAGCCAUGGAUAUUCCAGUGAUGCCACUGCUCAGCCACCACCUCCAUCACGACAUGAUCGGACUCCUCCCCCUCAACAGCAGGAAGCCACACCCCCUCCCCCUGCCGCGCCAGUGAUGGAGGAAGGGAGAGUCAACCAGCCGCGCAUACAGCAGUAUGCAGGGGCUGGCUACACCACUGAACCGCCUGCUCCUAGUUUGCCCUCCCUGCCCAACCCUCCAAACCAACAGACUGGGUCGUCCGUUGGCGCUGACGUUGAUGAACAGGACAGAAGUCAUGGCUUGCUGCCUCAUCCACCACAUGUGCACAAGACGGGGAGUCAAACCUGGAGUGAGAAGAGAGAGGAAGACCAACCUCCUGCAAGAAAGAGGCCUUCCCGAUGGGAGCAACCUCCAUCUGAAGAUGUGCCAGUGAGAACUGAGAAUAAAUCUUCUGCUCCCCCUGACAAACCGGCAGGCCCUUUCACUCCAGAGCAGUGGCCACCCAAACUAAGGGACUACAUUGACCGAGCCUUUGCUGCAUGUCAGGGGAGAGCUGCUGAUCUUGAGCGAGUCCAGCAGUUUCUGAAGGUGGAACUGAAUGACAUCUUCAGACAGAAUCGGGCCUGGGAUGUAGACUGGGACCACAAGCCUCUCCCACUGGACCGUCAACAGGGGCCUCCCUCUCGUAGCUCUCGCUGGGACACUCCAUCCCCCACCCACAGUGAUUUCCACAACAGUGGCUCCUACCAGCCAGUCACACCCACUGUUGGUGGGGGUGGGAGAGGCAAAAAGAAGAAGGCAGGCCUCAAGAGAAAGAGGGGAGGGAGGAUGUUCUUCAUUGACAAGACAGGAGAAGGAGUGUCGGAGGUGGAGCAGCAGAGACUGGACAAGAGGGCUCUGCGGUUUGCUGAUGGGAACAAGAGCUACAAGAAGAAGUUGUCAGUGGCGGGACUGGUGGCAGCCGCAACUACAGGCUCCAGGGAAGAGGGGGACUUGAACUGGGAGGAGUUUGCCAUUGAAGGAAUGUCACAGUCUCUGGAGAAGCCCUAUUUGAGACUGACAUCUGCCCCUGAUCCCAGUGCAGUUCGGCCAUUGUCUGUGCUGCGACUUUCUCUAGCCCAUGUGUUGGGGAAGUGGGAGGCCAGGGGAGACUAUCGGUACACUUGUGAGCAGUUCAAGUCCAUCCGUCAAGACCUAACUAUCCAGGGUAUCCGUAGUGAGUUUGCAGUGGAGGUGUAUGAGAGUCAUGCGAGGAUAGCUCUGGAGAAUGUAAGUCUGCCACCCUGUGGGCCGCGUGUGUUGGGAGGUUUGUGUGUCUGUGGCAGGGAGACAGAGGAGAGUUCAACCAGUGCCAGGCACAGCUAAAGGCCCUCUAUCUCGAGGGUGUUCCUGGGCAGCAGGCGGAGUUUGUGGCCUACCACAUCCUCUAUCUCAUCCUCACACACAACUCUGCAGAUAUGUCGACUGAGCUGAGAAAUCUGACCUCUGAACUCAAGUCUCAUCCGUAUGUAGCACAUGCUCUUAGGUUGUGGUCGUCAUGGCAACUGGGAAACUAUUGUCAAUUCUUCCGUCUCUUCAAAAGUGCCCCAGGCAGUGGGCGGAGUUUGCUGCAGUUGUUUCUCUCCCGCGAGAGACUCUCUGCAUUACGAAAAAUUCUUAAAGCGUAGGUCUUCACAUAACAGUGUGUGUGCGUGAGAGAGAGUGAGAGUAGAAUGUUAGGUCCUUCGCCAGUCGCCAAUGGAAGAAAUCUUCAAUUCUCCGAACAUUUUGUCAGGGAAGAAAACGUCAACUAGUGUCACCUCACCAGCCCCUCACCGAGGGCUAAGUCAGUCAGUUCAUAUCUCCUGUCUUCUAAUCUGUUCUCUCCUUCCAUUCAGUACCACGCCACCCAAUCUCCAUGUUCAUCCCAAGACCAACCACCCAGAGCUCUUGCCCUGCCUUCUCUGUGUCAUGGACAUUUCGAACAUUGCGACCACUUCAGUCUUGCGUCGCCAGUAUUGCUUGCUUUUGUCCUGCCUCCCUCUUUGCGUUGCUCGGCUCUUGCCUCUGAUAAGCAGAGACUAUACUGGCCUUACUAUACUCAAUUACAGUGAGUGUGUAGUCUAUUAAUCUCUCUUUCUUUGCAGGUUCCGCCCAUCAGUCCCUGUAGUUCAUGUAUCUGAAGCACUGGCCUUCUCCCCAGAUGAAUGCCGGGAGUGGCUGGCUGAGCUAGAGCUGCCUCUGAGUGGCUCAGCUCAGCUGGACUGCAGGGCCUGUCUCUCUCUACUCCAGGCCAAGGCCCAAGCUGAUUGAGUCAUUCUCUUUAUUGUCUCUCUCUUUUAUCAUCACACUCUUAGUUUCUGUACGGCACCAAUGGUUCAUAAAAAAAUUUUUUUGCUGCAUGCCUAGUAUAUUGCUGAUGUGCAUUGCCAUAUAUGGUGCAUACACUCUUUAUUAACCCUCGUUGCACAGAUCAUGUGUGCAUUAGUUGGUUCCGCAUUUGUAAGGGACUUAAAAUUUGCACUUUUUCCAGUCACAUUCAUGAUAAGAGAGUUCAGGAUGACACUCUUGGGAACUGACAGGCAUCACAGGCAGCUG